UUUUCAAAGCAAAGUGACACAUCCGGGGGCUCCUCAGCAACCCACAUCUGAAGAAGACUUAACCUUCCAGCGUACCAGCAGAUUCUCAAUAUAUCCUUGUACCUGCUGACAGCCUGCUUUGUUGUGUCAUCUACAUUUACUUAUUUGGCACACGCUUUUAUCUAAAGCAAAUCUCAUUUCAGGAACAACAUACAAGCAUUAACAGAGCAUCAAUACAGCAGGAGAUCUACAAGUGACAAUACUUGUAAGAGCUAUUACCGCAUACAGCAUCAACGGGUAAAUACUUAAGGGAAGAAGAAGUAGGGGAAGUAGUUAAUGAAUAGUGCAAUCAAUACAAGAGAACUGUAAGAAGAAGAGCGGCACAGGAAGUGCAUGUUAGAGUUUGGAGGUGUUAUGAGAGGAAGUGUUCUCUGAAGAGUUUUCAGGAGUUUCUUGAAGCCCCUGCUCUGAUGGCACGUGGUAGCUCGUUGACACAGAUGAGAACAGCCGGGACUGGGAUUGCUUUGUGUGGCCAAGGGGGAACAUAAACUUGUGUUAUGGAGUUUAGGUGACGUUAGAUGUGUGCAGACCCAGCAGUCACUCUAUAGGCUAUAUCCUAAUCCUAAAAUACAAAUGCCUGGGUUUAAUGUUGACUUGCAAGCGAUAAAAACCAUCAAUUCUCAUUUUAAGAUCACUCCAAAAUUGCACAAUCUUUAGGCAUUCCCAGGAAGCAUGAAAGUAAAAAGUAGCAUUGUUGAUACUAAACCGGUGGGAGGCAGCAAUGCGCUAAACAGUCUGCCGGAGGAGAAGAAGAGGAGCUACGCUGCUGCCCGCCCCCUUGUGUCCGCAGGAGGAACUGCAGUAACCGGGCUGUGACAGCUGCCCCGGUCCCCGGUGUCCCUUCAUCCGUCUCAGUCCGUAAACAACGCGCUGGUUGAUCAAUUGCUUUAUAGGUUAAAGGCCGUUUCAUCGAAAUGUCGUCUAACGAUUAUUCCCAGACGUCUGCCCAGGGCUAUGGGUCCUACGGUGGUGGAGGAGGUGGUGGUGGUGGAGGCGGCGGCGGCGGUGCUAACCAGGGCUAUGGUCAGUCUUCUGGUCAGAGUUAUAGCCAGCAGGGCUAUGGAGGCUACAACCAGAGCUCUGACAGCAGCUCCGGCUCUUACAACCAGGGAGGAUAUAGCAGCUAUGGUCAGCCCCCGUCAGGAGGAUACAGCUCUCCGCCCUCUAACCAGGGGGGCGGCAGCGGCGGCGGUGGUGGUUAUAAUCAUUCCAGUCAGCCCUAUAGCUCUGGAGGCUACAACAGCAGCAACCAGCCUUCCAACAUGAGCUACAACCAGCAGUCAUCAUUCUCUGGGUACAGCCAGCAGCCACCUUCCUCUUCCUCCUCUGCAGGAUAUGAAGGUAACUCGCAGGCCCCUGGCUACAACCAGCCACCGAGCAGUGGACAGAGUGGAGGUGGUUACGGCAGCAGUGGCGGUCAGACUGGUGGCUAUGGGGGCAGCGGGAGCCACCAACAACCACCCCAACACGGAGGAGGAGGUCACUACAACCAGCCUCCAAGCUACAACUCCCCCCCGCCACAGAGCUACAGUCAGCAGAGCCAGUAUGGCCAAAGUGGAGGAUAUGGAGACGAAAGCCCACCAUUGAGCGGAGGAGGAGGUGGAGGGUAUGACAGUCCUGAUGGAGGUUACUUAGGUCAGGAUGGCCGUGGUGGCAGGGGCCGUGGGGGUGGAUUUGGAGGUCGCGGUGGUGGCGGAUAUGAUCGCGGUUUUGACCGAAGCAGCCGAGGGGGACCAAGAGGAAGAGGAGGCAUGGGAAUGGCCGAUCGUGGAGGAUUCAGUAAGUUUGGUGGACCAAGAGACCCGGGACAUGGAGGACCCAGCUUCAUGCAAGACCAGGAUAACUCUGAUAAUAACACCAUCUUCGUGCAAGGCCUGGGAGAUGACUACACUGUUGAUUCGGUGGCAGACUUUUUUAAGCAGAUUGGGAUCAUUAAGGUCAACAAGAAGACCGGCCUGCCCAUGAUCAACCUGUACACAGACAGAGAGACGGGGAAGCUGAAGGGCGAGGCCACGGUUUCCUUCGAUGACCCCCCCUCAGCUAAGGCUGCCAUUGACUGGUUUGAUGGUAAGGACUUUAAUGGAAAUCCUAUCAAGGUGUCUUUUGCCACCCGCAGAGCUGACUUUGGAGGCCGAGGUGGCAUGAGGGGAGGUCGAGGACGAGGAGGGCCGAUGGGUCGUGGUGGUGGAUUUGGAGGGGGACGAGGUGGAGGUUUCCCAGGAGGCAAUGGGGGCGGCGGCGGCGGUGGAGGAGGAGGAGGCAGCGGUGGCGGAGGAGGUGGAGGAGGUGGACAACAAAGAGCCGGAGACUGGAAGUGUUCAAACCCCAACUGUGGCAACCUGAACUUCUCGUGGCGUAACGAGUGUAACCAGUGCAAGGCCCCUAAACCUGAGGAUGCUGGUGGGAUGCCCCCAAUGGAAAGAGGAGGUUACGGCGGAGAGCGUCGAGGGGGGUUUGAUCGGGGCGGUUUCAGAGGCCGAGGUGGUGACCGCGGCGGCUUCAGAGGGGGCCGAGGAGGCGACCGGGGAGGAGACCGUGGAGGAUACGGCCCUGGAAAGAUGGACGCAAGGGGUGACCACAGACAGGAGCGGCGGGGCCGUCCGUACUAGAUCAUCCGUCAUAGGACAGCCCUCGUCCACGCUGCGCCCAGCCCAAACUUUCACCUUUUAUAUAACUCUGUUAACUUUGAUCCACUUAAUUCAGUGUGUAGACAAUGUGAUUAUCCUGUGGUUUGUGUUUGCUCUAGUACAUGUAACUCACUUCGUUCACGUCUAUCCACAUUCCCUUCUCGCUCAGUGGGGCCUCAUUUAGAAAAAAACAAUCAAAUCUUUAGGGGAUAUAGGGAAAUAUUCUCACCAGCAUCAUCAGAAUCAGAAAUAUAAAAUAUAGAAGAAUAACGAUUAACACUUCACAACAAAUAUGUGCAAUAUGCCGGGGAUGUACAAUGAUGAGAAAUUAAAUAAUGUUUACAUGAGACAGCUGUAUAACUUUACAUGGUUCUUUAAACUAGUUAUUACUUAUACAGGGAAGAUGUGUUUUAAGUCUCAUUUACACCACAUUUAAUUGAAUUAUAUUGAAUUUUCAGGCGUGGGCCAAGGGACACGUAUUUUUGUUUCUGGUGUGGAUCCAUUAAAGGGAAUUCUUAGCAUUGGGUGAUUAUUAUUAUUAUUUUCUGCUUGAAUUAACCAAAUUCAUGCGAGUCAAAUUUAAAACUUUUAAAAUUAAACACUGAGAAAUGUAUCACUAAAAUACAUUUUAUAGAUGAGCUGGCAUUCUAGUUUGCAAGUGAAAACAAAGUUGUCCACCAAUAUAUCACUGUUAAUGUCAGAAUUACAUGUUUCUAAUGUUGACUUAACAUUUUUACAGUGUGUAAUGGAUGAAUUAAACCGCCUUUGUUUUUACUUAUCAACUUGAGGAUUUAAAAACUUGUCUGUCAGUCAGCAUUUAAUGAGUAACAGUUUUCCAAAAGAUAGUAAUUAGGUAAGCCAGAGCUGUGGGGAUAAGUAUUAAAAUGGUUUAAUUAUUUUAAAAUAACAAAAUUAUUUAUUGAAAAUAAUUUGAUUUCUUUAUCUUCAAUCAAUUUCUGCAGUUUGUGCACAGAGGGAACAAACAGUGAAGGAUGGAAGAUCCUCUAUAAGCCUCAUGCAAGAACAAACUCUUACAAACAGAUUAGUACGAGUUUGUUGCAUUCACCAAUUUCCACAAAGGAACCAACAAAGUUCAGGGGUGGUACAGGCCGGUCGUACAUGUGGUGUAUCAAGCUGUUCUCACUCCCAAAGCUUUAAGUACAGCAGCUUGGUCAGUGGCUGUACACCGUAGAUGCUCCUCUAGUCUGGUCAAAGUCAGGUGACGUAGUGUAAAGAUUGUGAAAAGCCCCUGUGGGGAGGAAGCUGGCUUGGUUGGACGGGUCCAACACAGGACUUUCACCAGGAGGCUGCUGUUUGUGUAAAAAAACAAAAGCCAACACUGGCUUCUAACUAACUUAAGUCACAUAACUUGUGUAACUAACAACUUAUUUCAGCCUAAACCAGGAUCUCACCGAACAUGCGCCAUAAAUUAUGGACCACUUUGCUUUAAAUAGUAAAACUUUCAAACCAUCUAACUUCUUGUCAAACCAUUCUCAGUUUACGUCUUGAAUCUCCGCACUGUGACGUUCUUUUUAUUCAUGGUACACGUGUAUGAAUAAAACAAGUCGCCGUGAUCAUCAAAUCUCACAGAUGCAGCUGCUACUCUUGAGCAGAUGGUCUUCAUCGAGUAGAAAAGUUUGUGCAGUGAAGUGAGUUUGGUGAAUCCGACUUCAGGCAGGUUUAGGAUAAAAAUCUGGAAAUGUUCUUGCACAAGGCCCAAUCUUAUUUAUUUUUAUUUUUUUUUAAGGUUUGUGAACAGGUUUGACAACAGAAACUGAACUAAUGCCACUCCUGCAGCUUUUUGUUUUCACAAACACAGAAUCCUUUAGUUGUUUAGGGUUUCCUGUGUAACAUUAGUCACCUGUCAAAAUCUAAUUGGACCUGCGCCAAUCUGUGUACCAAUGUGAUGGCAAAUGGUCAUAAGACUAAAUGAGGCCUCAUGUCUGCAGAUGUGAUUAAGAUGUUUUUGUUGUGACAGAACUCUUACUAGGGGUUAUUAUUUAUGACUUGUUUUUUUUUGUACUGUGCAUGUGCUGGUUUUAAAAUUAAAGUGUUGUAAAAACCGAA